CGCGCCCUCCCCGCCGCGCCCGGGCUCUUCCCCCGCCGCGGCUGCGGGGAGACGGCGGCGCUGCGGACCAUGGGCUUCAGCGAGGAGCAGGCGCGGCGGCUGCUGGGCCUGCAGCCCCGGCUCGGCCCGCAGCGCCGGGAGGCGGCGGCGCAGCUGCUGCUGCUGCUGGGGCUUAGCGCCGAGGCCGCCCUCGGCCUGCUGGAGCGGAGCCCGGCGCUGCUGCGGAUGCCGACGGAGCGGCUGCAGGAACGCGCCGAGGAGCUGCGGCGCCUGGGGCUCGACGGAGGUCAGCUGCGGCGGGCGGUGGACCGCUGCCCGCAGCUCUUCACCUUGCCCCGGAGGAGGAUGGCGGCGGCGGUGCGGCUGCUGCGGGAGCGGUGCCUCUUCACGGCGGAGCAGCUGAGGGAGGUGCUGGGGACCUGCCCCGCCGUCCUGCUGGAGGAGCCGCGCCGCCUCCACCACCACUUCCAGUACGCGUACUUCAGGAUGGGGGUCCAGCAGAAGGAGAUGGUGAAGGCCCGGCUUUUCCGAAUGCCCUUUGCCGAGCUCAGGAACCGGCACAUCUUCCUGGAGCGCCGGGGGCUCUACCACACCCCGUACAAAGGCCAGACCCAAACCAGCAACCCCAAACUGAAGGACGUCCUCCAGCUCCCGGAGAAAGCCUUCCUGGCCAGCCUGGCCCAUGCCACGCUGGAGGAGUACGAGGUCUUCAAGAAGCUGCUGGCUCGAGAGGAGGAGGAAGAAGAGAAGGAGGAGGAAGAGGAGGAUGACCACGAUGAACUGUACACAGACGGAGAGGAAGACUUGGACAGCGAAGAAAGUAAAGCAGCGCGGGAGUGAGGCGGCGAGGCUUCAGGGUGCCUGAGCCCUCCCGUGCUGGCACACUCCCUGGCCCCGCUGCGCUCGUGGGUGCUCUGGGCCCCCACCCCGCACAGGCACGAGCCGUGGUGGCUGCAGGACCCGCUCGCUGCGGGGCGUGGGAGCCCACGUGUGGGACCCCACUGAGGUGCAGCAAUAAAGCCCAUAAUACAACAAUAACCCUCAUUCCUCCUCAUUGACCAACUGCUUUAAAAAAU